AUGCCCUUCGGCAUCCUCGAUGUCAAGGGAGUUGAGCAUGUCCCCGGCACGACUCAGUAUUUCGAUGAUCCGUCCCGUCCUCAACUCGCCACUAGUGACCAUGUAGGCCUCAAGUGUGAUACCAGCGGCAAACAGCCCAUCAUCCUCAUCCCCCAGCCCUCCGAUGACCCCAACGACCCGCUGAAUUGGCCGCUAUGGAGACGUGAUCUCAUUACCUUUACCCUUUGCUUCGCCGGUAUCCUUGCUACCGCAUUGGGUCCAAUCCUCGCCGCCAACACCAUCACCAUCUCGCUACUCUUCUCUCGAGACUUCACCCAGGUCGCUCUUCUGACCGGCUACUUUCUCCUCGGGGCUGGCGCCGGUGCCAUCUUCUUUGUCCCCUCUGGUCGUAUUUGGGGCAAGCGGCAUCUCUUCCUCCUCGGCAUAUGCAUUAUCAUUGCAUCCAGCGCAUGGGCUGGCAAGGUCGGUACCGACUAUGGUAGCUUUAUCGGAGCGAGGGUCGUCCAGGGUGUGGGAUGUGCUCCCUUUGAGAGUUUACUCAAUGCUGCCGUUGGCGACCUCUACUUUGUUCACCAGCGAGGUGUUCGAAUGGCAUUCACCAACCUAGCCAUCUUCGGUGGUGCAUUCUUCACUCCCAUCUUGGUUGGAAAGAUUACCGAAUCCUUAGGUUGGAACUGGACGUUCUUCUUCGUGUCCAUCUUCCUGGCCCCUACUUUAUUGGCAGUCUUCUUCUUCUGUCCUGAGACAACAUACCGGCGCGCCGCAAUCCUCAACACCGAUACCACCGUUGCAGAGGAAUCGAAACAAGAAUCGUCGCCAAGGCACCCAGACUCGUCGAGUCCAGAGCGAAGCAGCGAGCCGUCCCGCGGUUUUGUUCUUUUCCCGACAUCCAGUGCCCUUCAGCCCAUCGGCAACGCCAACACCCCCAAGAAGAGUUUUGUCGAGUCGCUCUCGCUAUUUGACGGACGGAAGACAGACGAACGGUACUGGGUUCUCCUACUCAGACCGUUUCCCCUGCUUACCCAUCCCGCAUUUAUCUGGGGUUGUCUGAUCCAGGGUACCAUGAUCGGAUGGACUGUCUUUAUCGGUGUUAUCGUGGCGGCGAUAUUCAUUGGCCCUCCUUAUUACUGGGGUGAGGUCAUGGCUGGAUACACAUACACAGGCGCCUUCGUUGGAGCACUAUGUGGCUUCGCUAUUGCAGGCCUGCUUGCCGACUCGAGCGUCAAAUACCUGACUCGGCUCAACAAGGGCAUUUAUGAGCCCGAGUUUCGCAUCCUCAUGGUGUUCCCUAUGAUGAUUAUUGGCGGCAUCGGCUUGUAUGGUUUUGGGUUGACUGCCGGCGAAGUCAUCUCUGGGAAGUUUACAUAUCAUGUCCCCCUCGUGUUUUUCGGUUUCGAGGUGGCGGGGAUGGUGAUUGGCGCUGUAGCCAGCUCGCUCUACAUUGUCGACGCCUACCGUGACUUGACCAUCGAAGGGUUCACCAUCAUGAUCAUCUUCAAGAACUUCUUCAGCUUCGUCCUAACGUUCUACGCGUACGACUGGAUCAUCCAAGGAGGUAUCAGGCCCACGCUGUUAGCCAUCGCGUCGAUCCAAGUCGCGGUCUGCUUGUUGAGCGUUCCCAUGUACAUAUAUGGCAAGCGAGUACGAGCAUUUUACCAUCGCCAUGAUCUUCUUGCUCUCACGCAUCUUCGAUGA